AUGAACAAAAAAGCUAUUGAUGGAGAGGAGCUGAAGGAGAAUGUAUUCCGUAUUGGUGUGGUGGAUACUCGCUGGGUUAUCGUAGCUGUUCUCUAUACAUGUUGUGCCCUCUUGAUUGCCUUCACCUGUGACCAUGCAUUGCCAAAGCCACUUGACAAAAAUGCUCCGCCUACUAGGUUCAUUGCAGAAAAUGCAUUUGACCAUCUCGUCAAUCUUACAUCUAUUGGACCAAGGGUAGCUGGUAGCUACGAGAAUGAAGUAGCUGCUGUGAAAGUAUUGGUGCAGGCCGUGCGGCGGAUACAGGAGUCUGCGUCCCCCCAUAACCGCGUCGAGUUUGAUGUCUUCCGGGCUAGCGGCGCUUUCUCUUUGACGUUUAUUGAUGGUAUGAGCAACAUUUAUCGCGACGUCCAGAGUGUAGUCGUCCGUGUCCGCGGUGCUGGCAGCGAAGGUGCCCCAGGUCGUACACGCAAACGUGCAGCCCUACUGCUAAAUUGCCACUAUGACACUGUGCCUGAUAGUCCAGGUGCUAGUGACGACGGCGCAGGUUGCGCGGUGGUGCUGGAAACCAUCCGCGCGCUAUCCGCAUCACCACAACCCCUGCGCCAUGACGUGGUAGCCCUGCUCAACGGAGCGGAAGAGAACAUCCUACAGGCUUCGCACGCGUUCGUCACCACCCAUAGGUGGGCAAAAUCCCUGCGCGCCUUCAUCAACAUUGAAGCAUGCGGGGCCGGCGGACGCGAAGUCCUAUUCCAAGCGGGUCCGAACGACCCCUGGAUUCUCGAGGUUUACGCUGGCCAGGUGCCGCACCCUUUCGCGUCGUCUCUCGCCCAAGAGCUUUUCCAGAGCGGGCUUAUACCAGCCGAUACAGAUUUUCGUAUCUUCCGAGAUUAUGCUAACAUUUCCGGCGUGGAUCUAGCGUGGAACAGUAACGGGUACGUGUACCACACGCUUCUUGACACAGCUGAGCGGGUGCCGCUUGGUGCUCUACAGCGCACCGGUGACAACGUGCUUGCGCUGGCGCAUGGUAUGCUGAGCAGCGAAGAGCUAGAAACAGCAGCGGAGCAGUCUCGGCAGCCGGUGUUCUUCGACAUCGUCGGGCGGGUGGUGGUGUUGGCGCGGGCUCCUACCGCCGUCGUCGCUGCUCUGGUUUCCCUCGCGACAGUCGUGCUGAAGAUAUAUAUUUCUGCUCAUGACGCUUCUAAGGAACUAUAUAUAUCCAAGGCGGUAUGGUUACGCAUAGUUCGACGGACGUUAUUGUCAGUUGUGCUGGCUCAAUGCUGCGGAAUGGCUGCUUCUGUCGCCACGGCUUUGCUGCUUCACUUCACUGGAGCCAGGCUGUCAUUCUAUUCGCGGUCUUGGCUCCUCAUACCACUAUACGCAGUACCAGCCCUGUGCGCAUCGUGGUGGGACGCGCGGUUAACCUGGGGCAAAGCCACCCGCAGUGGGGCGGUGUCCCUGGCCCGUGGUUCUUGGUUACUGCGCGCCUGGUAUGAUGCUCUUUCUCUCUCCGCUGCUGUACUACUCGCGCUUGGUACAGCUUGCGGGCUACGCAGCGCAUUCUUACCAUUCCUGUGGACGCUACCCGCGGGUGCGGACGUGCUGUUCUCCGCUUGCGCCGGCGUAAACGGAAGGUGGGGGCCACGUGCAAUAGCGUGGGCCAUAGGGGCAUUGAUACCGGCGUUGCAGAGUGGUUACCUUGCUCUCGGUUCCAUCAAUACAUUUGUGCCUGUAAUGGGUCGGGCUGGUACUUCUCCCAUACCUCCAGAUGUUAUUAUGGCCGUCCUAGUCAGCGCCCUCACUCUGAUAUUAUUCAGUUGGAUGCUGCCGCUGGUCGUGGCAGCAAAGAGGCCACAACCACUGCAACAACUGGGCUGGGCGGUGACUUUCGCAACGGUGGCAUUGGUGCUGUUCAGCCCGCUGGGUUUCCCCUACACAGCUGAUCGACCACAACGAUUCAUGGUGUUCCAUACGACGCGCACUUUACACGAGGUUUCGGAUUCGGGUGCGGAUACGGCUACGGAUACGCAUCUCUAUUGGUUACCAGAGCUCGAUGCUAACACACCACACUCGGUGGACGAGUACGUACCGGAAAUGGCCGCCACAGUCGCUACACGACCCGACGAUUGUGCCAAAUGGCUGUACUGUGGUGCGCCAUAUUAUCUGCCUGUUAUCACACUGGUGGCGCGUGGACACUCGGUGACAGUUUCUGAUCCGCCAUUAACUCGACUUAAUGCAAGCGCUACGCUCGAUAGCGUUGUGGGUGAACCCAACGUGAAAGAACUACGGCUUAAGCUACAAGGCCCCAAUCAUAUCGUGGUGAUACUAUCUCCAGCUGUUGGUGCUAUAAUUACAAGGUGUAACGCUGGUGAUGACCUCAACGUACAAUCUUUGCCUGGUCCUAUUUGGCAGCAACGCAAUACGUACUUUAUAUCGCUGCACGACGCACUCGCGCCUGCGCAAUGGGAUCUUGUCUGCCAUAUAAAGCGUGUGGGUGCAAGUCACAAUGCCAGCAGCGACUGGGUGCAGGUGUCAACAGCUGGACACAGCAUGUUUGGAGAGAUGCGACGCAGUACGAGUCAUGAAGAGUUACUAACGCGUUUCCCACCAUGGACAGCAGUUACAGGCUGGGGCGCACACCUUCAUAUCUUCAAUCUAUAG